GUGUGCGUGCGCGUACGUACAUAAGUCUGUUCAUUCAUCAAAUGACUAUACUGAUCUUUUAUACUAUGCGUGUAAAUAUUAUCUAGUUAAUAAAUAGAUCGUAAAAAAAAAACAUUAUAAAUUUGAUUUAUUAUAUAUACGAUAUUUACUUCGUGUAGUGCAAAUUUACACGCUUCUCUGUCAAGCUAUUGUUGGCAAAUCGUGUCAUGCCGACCAUUCAUGGACUUUAAACAUUUAUGGAAUACUAAUUUGUGACAACACAGCAAAAACAAAAACAUUAAUGCAUACUACGGCUAGUAUACAACGACCAAAGAAGAAAAUACUCAAACUAGAUAUAAAUGUAUUCAUUUUCCAUCUGCUUUAAAAAAAAAAAGAAUAAUGAGUAAUUUAGAAAGUAAAGCUCUAAUUGCAGCUGCGAUUGGAGUUACUGUUGGUGUUAUUAGUGUGGCUGGUAUGUUUUUUUAUCAACAAUUUCUCAAUAAACAAAAAUACCAAGCAGGGAAUAAUAGUCUUGAACCUGUUUAUCAAAGUCUUGCCAAACUACAAAAAGAAGUAGAAGCACUAAGACAACAACAAAAAAGGAAGAAGAGAUCAACGUCUUUGAAUAGAAAAAAUACAUUAAGUUCUAAUGAUAAUACAUAUGUUUCAACAGAAAACGAUUUAGACUCAUAUUCUACAGCAGGAACUGAUAUUGCUGAUGAUGAAUUUUUUGACUGUUCAGACGUUGAAGAUGGUACUGAAGAUAUUGAAUCAAGGGAAUCAACGUCAAUAAACCAAUUGGAAACAGAACUCAUGACAAUUGAUGCACAAGACAGAACGGAAGAACAGAAUGAAUGUACCACAUAUUAUAAAUUAAAAGAAUUAAUCGAAUUACAUCCACAUAAUGUAGGCGUAAUAUGGAGAUUUGCUAGAGCUUGUUACAGUUGUAUUUCUAAUUUUACUGAUGUAGAACAUAAAACUGAAAUUAUUAGUGAAGGACUCAAAGCUUGUGAACGAGUUAUUGAUGUAGAGGAUGCAGAUCUUCAUAAAUGGUAUGCUAUUCUCAUAGGUACACACGGUGAAUAUCUGCCAACGGCAGAAAAAAUAAAAAAUGGAACUGUCUUUAAGAAUCAUGUAAUGAUAGCUUUAAAAAUUCGCCCAAAAGAUCCUUCUCUACAUCAUCUCCUUGGUAGAUUUCAAUUUGAACUGUCUGGUUUAUCUUGGUUUGAAAAAAAAUUAGCAUCAACAUUUUUUGCUGAACCUCCAAAUGCUUCCUACGAUGAGGCAAUUGAAAGUUUCGAACAAGCUGAAGAAUUAGCAACUGUACCACAUCUAGAAAAUCGUUUAUUUCUUAGCAAAGCCUACAUAGCUAAAAGUAAUUUUAAAAAGGCAGUUCAUUUGUUGGAUGACAUUUGUCAACAAUCGGUUGUAACCAAAGAAGAACAGAAUGUACAAUCUGAAGCAAAAAAAUUAUUGGAAACACAUUCAAAAUAUCUUUAAAAAAGUAUCUGAAGUGUAGCUGCUUAUUCUACAUUUUUCAGCAUAAUAUUUUCUAAUUUGAUUAUAAAAAAAAAAAAAAAAA